AUGAAAAAUGAGAAAAAAAAUAAAAAUAAUAUAGAAAUCGAUGAAGAUCCAAAAAAUGAACUGAGUCCAAAUGCAAUGCCAAAUAUAAAAAAAAAGAAAAGCAAAAAUACAAAUAAAAUAGAGAAAAGUAAUAAAAAAUCUCAAAAGAUAAAUGUAGAAGACACAAAUAAAACGAAGAUUAACGAAAAUAAUAAUCCGAUAAAAAGCCUCGAACUCAAUGAUAAUGAGGAAACAAAAACAAACGAGUUGCCUUCCCAAAACAGUAAACUCGACACUCCUAACAAGAAUGACAAUAAAACAAAUUUAAAAAAGCGAAAAAAUAAUAAAAAGGAGAAAUUAAAAUUUAAUGAAGGUGUAAUAGCACAUGAUCAACUAAUUGAUGAAAAAAAUGAUAAAAAUAUAAAAGACGAAAAAAAAAAAAAAAAAAUGAAAUUAAAUGAUAAAACAGAAAUAAAUCAAUAUGGAGAAAAUGAAGAGAAUAAUAAUGAUCAUAAUUUACAACCUGGUAACACAAAGGUUAUAAAUGAAGAAAAGGAUACACUUUUUAUAGAUAUCAAAGAAAAAGAAGAAGCAAAAGAAAAUAGUGUCUAUAAAAAUUAUGAUAACGUGAAUAAUUGUGUUACUGUGAACAAAAUUAAAACAAAUAACCGAAAUAAUACCAAGAACAAAAACACAAAGGAAAAAAAUGUGAAAUUAGUUACACAAAAUACAGAAAUAACUAAUUUGAUAAAACAGGACCAAAAAGAACAUAUAUCUUUUAUCAACAAUGACGAUGAUAAUAAAAAAAACGAUCCAGAGCCACUAAUGGAAAACGAAAAAGAUUCAAAAUCAAAAAAUAAAAAAAAUUUUACAAAAUUAAAAAAUACUAAUGAAAAAAAGGGUGUUAAGGAAAAAAAUGAUAUUGACCAAUCAAAAAAAAAAAAAAAAAAAGAAAUUCAUAAAUUAAAUGAUAAAACUGAACAAGUUAAAAUCAUGGUCUUAGACAGUAUAAGCAAACAAAAUAGUCCUAUUAAAAAUGAGGCGUGCAAAGAAAUUGUUGGAGAUAAUAAUAAUAAUUUGGAAAUACUCGCGUCUAGUUGUCCGAAUGCUUCAUUAAAUGCUAAAAUUGAAUUAUCACAAAAUGUUACAGAAAACAAAUCCGUAGAACCAGAAAAAGGUAAAUUGAAAAAAAACGAGAAAACAAAGAAAAAGGAAAAGGAGAAGGAAAACGAAAAGGAAAAGGAGAAGGAAAACAAAAAGGAAAAGGAGAAGGAAAACGAAAAGGAAAAAGAGAAGGAAAACGAUAAAAUUAAACAAAAUGAGCACGAAGAAGAUAAUGAAGUAGAAAUACAAGAUAAACAAACGAUCACAGAGGAAACACAAAAUAAUGAGGAAAUGAAAAUACAUCCAAAGGAUCAGGAAAAGUUCAACGAAAAAGAAAAAAAAAAGAGUAAAUAUGUAACAGAAAUAAAAAAAACAAAUAAAAAAGAGGAAUUAAACAAAGGAAAACCAAUCAAAAUAGUUUUAAGUGAUACAGAUGCAAAAGAAAAGAUUUAUAAAUACAUGAGACAAACAAAUAGGCCAUAUUCUGUUAUUAAUGUAUAUGAUAAUCUUCAUGGGAUGAUUAGUAAAAAUUCUGUUCAAAAAAUAAUGGAUGAAUUAAGUAUUGAAAAAAAAUUACAAUGUAAAGAAUAUGGAAAAGCAAAAAUAUAUUUAAUAAAUCAAAAAGAAUUUGAAAGUUUAAAUGUAGAAGAAAUUAACAAAUUAAAAAACUGUAUUGAUGUAGUAAAAGAAGAGGCAGAGCUAGCUAAAAAUUAUUAUAAUGAUUUAUUAAAAAAAAAAAAAAAAUUAAUUGAAGAUUUAAAUCUCAUUAAAAAUGUGAGUGAAUAUAAAAAGUCUUUGUUACAAAUCGAAGACGAAAUACACAUUUAUGAAGAAACAAAUAAAAAUUGUAAAAUAUCUAUCGAUGAAAUUGAUAUCAUAAAAAAUAAUCAUGGAUAUUUGCAUUCUGUAUGGUUUAAGAGAAAAAAAUUAUGCAAUGAAAUUAUUAAAUGCAUAGCUAGCUUAACAGAAAAAGAUACACAAGGGGUCAUUUAUCAUUUAGGAAUUGACACAGAUGAAGAUGUCAUUCCCCUUAAUUUGUACUUUUAA